UGUCGAGCCAUUCCUAACGGAGUACCCGUAUGAUAUAUAUAGGAGAGGCGAUUAUAACAAAGUUCCGAUGAUUAUCGGGUUUAACUCUGAGGAGGGGUACUUAUUUGCAGGUAUGGAAAACGAUACGACGAUACCUAAGAUAAAAGUUGAGAAAUCGUUACCCAAAGACUUGUCCUUUCCCACGGAGGCGGAGAGGAGGCGUGUGGCUGCGCAGUUACAAAGACUGUACUUUGGGGACGAGAAAAUAUCUCAGGAGACAUUGCUGCAAAUUGCAAAGUUCCAGGGCGAGGCUUAUUUCGUUAACUCGGUUAUUGAGGAAACUGAGUAUUUAGUGACAACGAACGACAGGCCGGUUUACAGUUACAUAUUCGGGUACAGCGGGAACCGAAAUUUAGCGAAGUAUUUUUCCGGGGAGCCGUACCGGAGCGCUCCGGGGGCGUCGCAUGCUGACGACCUUUUCUACUUGUUCAGCCAGGGCGUGGUGCCCGCGCUGUUUGAAAACAAUAUGAUAGACACUAUGACCACGCUGUGGACCAAUUUCGCUAAAUAUGGAGAUCCGACGCCGGCAUCGGAACCGCUGCGCUGGUCGGCUGCAAGCGGAGCGGACCCGCAAGCGCUACUCAUCUCAGAGGAGCUCCGCAUGACGCCGCUGCGCUACACAGAUACACUCAAGUUCUGGAAAAAUGUUUAUAGUAAAUAUAGGAGAAAAAAACCAUAACAUAUUUAGAUAAAUUCCUUUUACUUAUAGUAAUAUAAAACUAUGUUAACUUCAGAUGUGUAUAGCCUGCUACACACGUUUAAUUUUAUCUGACAGUUUUUAUCUGAACAUCUUUCAGAUAAAUCUGACGUGUGUAGGUAAAACUGAGAACUAACCAGUUCUCUAGAUUUAGCUGAAUUAUUGGACUGUUCAGAUAAAACUGAACGUGUGUUGCUGGCUUAAGGUCAUUCUUUUUUAUCGUUAAUGUUUAAUUGAUAGAAUUAACAAGUGUAGUUACUAAUUGGUUUCUGUGUUUUGUUUCUUGUACUGUAUAUAAUUAUUACGUAAGUAAAACGUUUAUAACCUAAAGAGUAUGUCUGGUUGAGAUUUAUACUAUAAGUUUUUGUUGGCUGCGCUUUUGCAGAUUUGUUUUUAUGUUUUGAAUAUUUAUUUAAUAAAACCUCAAAUUCCUUCUUCAAAUAUAUGAGUACAUAAUUUAUUUUCUGAAGUUGCUAAGCGCUACAGGGUUAGGUAUAGUGUUGGUGUUUUUUUUAGAUUUUUUUCAAAUAUGUAUCUGUGAAGUUACUUUUCAUGACGUCGGGUUUGAACUUUGUGUCGACUGUGCGAGUCAUCAUUGU